GAGGAGGAGAAGAAGGAGGAGUGUGUGUUCAGUCAGUCAGUCAGGAGGACCGGAGGAGCGGAGUCCCAGCGGCAGUUUAGGAGAGUCUGAGCGGGGAAAUCUACAUCCAAAUACGGGAGAACUCAUGAUGAGUUGGGGAACGGAGCUCUGGGACCAGUUUGAUAAUCUGGACAAACACUCUCAGUGGGGGAUCGACUUUCUUGAGCGUUAUGCAAAGUUUGUCAAGGAGAGGCUGGACAUAGAGCAAAACUACGCCAAGCAGCUACGGAACUUGGUGAAGAAAUACUGUCCAAAACGUGCUAAAGAUGAGGAGCCGAGGUUCACAUCAUGUCUGUCCUUCUACUCCGUACUGAAUGAACUCAACGACUAUGCCGGUCAGAGGGAGGUGGUGGCGGAGGAGAUGGCUCACAAGGUGUACGGAGAGCUGAUGAGGUACAGCCAAGACCUCAAAGCUGAGAGGAAGCACCAUCUACAGGAGGGCAGGAAGGCCCAGCAGCAUUUGGAUCAUUGCUGGAAACAGAUGGACAAUAGUAAAAAGAAGUUUGAGAGAGAGUGUCGAGAAGCAGAGAAAUCCCAGAUCACCUACGAUCGGUUAGAUAAUGACAUCAACGCCACCAAAUCAGAGGUGGAGAAGGCCAAAUCCCAGUUCUACCUGCGCACUCACAUGGCCGAUGAGAGUAAGAACGAGUAUGCUGCUCAGCUGCAGAACUUCAACGCGGAGCAGUGGAAACAUUUUAACAACGCCAUACCACACAUCUUCAAGAAUCUGCAGGACAUGGACGAACGUCGGACGGUGAAGCUCGGAGAGACGUACCGGUGCUUUGCUGAGGCAGAACGGAGAGUCAUUCCUAUCGUCUCCAAAUGUCUAGAAGGAAUGGUUUCUGCUGCAAAAGCUGUCGAUAUGCGAAGGGAUUCAGGCAUCGUCGUGGAGUCGUUCAAGUCGGGCUUUGAACCUCCAGGCGACUUCCCCUUCGAAGACUUUAGUCAGAAUCUGAGCAGAACAGGUUCAGAUGGGACCAUUAGCAACACACCCAAAGGAGACCGAGACCGAGAGAAAGACGGGGCCCCGGGGCCACGACCCGACCCCAAACACCCUAUGAGCAGAACCAAGAACAAGCUGUGGCUGUUUGGGAAGAAACCAAAGGCCCCAUCUCUGGAGGAUUUCAGCCACUUACCCCCCGAGCAGAGGAGGAAGAGGUUGCAGCAGAAGAUCGACGAACUCAGCAAAGAGCUCCAGAAAGAGAUCGAUCAGAGAGAUGCACUGAACAAGAUGAAGGACGUGUAUGAGAAGAAUCCACAGAUGGGAGACCCCAUCAGCCUGCAGCCCAAAAUAUCAGAGACCAUAUGUAACAUGGAGAAGCUGCGCUCGGAAAUCCACAGAAACGAGACUUGGUUAUCUGAGGUGGAGGGAAAGCAGAGCUCCCGAGGAGACAGAAGACACAGCGCUGACAACCACCAUCACACUCCUCAAGGCAGAGAGAGUCCUGAGGGCAGUUAUACAGAUGACACCAGUCAGGAGCAUCACACACCUCAAGUCCGGUCAAGCAGCGGUCCUCCAAAGCCCGGACCGCCCAACCCAGACCCGCACGAGUUUGAUGACGAAUUUGAUGACGACGACCCGCUGCCCGUCAUCGGACACUGCAAAGCGCUCUACUCCUUCGAUGGUCAGAACGAGGGGACACUGGUGAUGGCAGAAGACGAGGUGUUGUACAUCAUCGAGGAGGACAAAGGCGACGGCUGGACGAGGGCGAGGAAGCAGGGCGGAGAGGAGGGCUACGUCCCCACCUCCUACGUAGAAAUCACCAUGGAGAGAAACAGCAAAGGUGCUGUCACCUACAUCUGAAGCUAACACUGUCCUCUCAUCCUGUCUGUCGUCCUCUCCAUCCUCCCUGCUUUCUGUUCCUCAAAAUAACACUACAAAAGGAAAAAAAAAAAAAAGACUGCAUCUCAACACCCGCAUGGACAUUCAUCUGUUUUCUGAUUUCCAUCCCGUCUAUCUGUCUUGUUUAUCCCUCUAACCCUGUAACCAUUCGUCCUCCUCUCAUAUCUGUGGGACUGGUGUUUCAGAGGUGAGUGUCUAAGCACAGAGACAAAUAGGAAAAACGUAUUUUAUGGUGUUUGAGUGAUUUCGUAUGUUGAAUAUGAGGCCUGUGUGUGAGAGUGUGUGUGUAUUGAAGAUGUCUCUACUGCUGUUUUAAGCCUCAUGCCGAGGCUACACCACUUCUUAUCGAUCAAAGUGUUUAAGUUUUAUGUAAUAUAUUAGAAACAAUUUAUUUUUAAAUAUUUCUUUUUUAAACUGAUUUUACGCUCUUUGGAUUCGUGUGUCGACAUAAUUCGAAGCUGUUCUGAUUUCAUCUGUUUUUAUUUUUGUCUGAUUGCUCUGUGUGUGUGUGUGUGUGUGUGUGUGUGUGUGUGUGUGUGUGUGUGUGUGUGUACGUGCACAUUUGUUUUUUUUUCUGUGUUACCUGUGCCAUCACACUAAAGGUGGAACUACACUUCCAGAGGUUGGUCUGGUUUCAGCCUCGGUAGUAUUUUAUCAUACAGUUACAGGAGUUUGGCUGAUUUGGUCUUUUUGAUAUUGUCUGUCCUUUCAGAGCAGAGCUGGAGGUUUUAAAGGAUUAGGCUGCUGUUAUUCUUCAUUUAUAUUUAUUGUCAACAAAUCCCAUGAAAAGAGCAAAACCAACAAUGUGUUAGUUUGUCAAUACUUCAUGAGUUUCCUACCCUGUCUGUGGCCCACUGGUUCCUACUGAAGACGGAAAUCUUUAAAAACAGGUCACAAAUAUAUAGUUUCAUUUUUAAAACAGCUGGUUGAUGAAGUUUUUAAGCAAACAUUAAUAAAACUGUAGUAAAUAGUUCAUUUUUGGGACUAUUUUCAGUUGCAGCCAAUACAUUUUAUAUAAACUGUGACCUGCAUUGGACCCUGAGGCAGCUGUCGGAGUGAGAUAACUUUUCUAGAAACUGCUGAACUGUAUACUGUAAGUUGCAAGGCCAAAAUAUGCAAAUAAAAUCUAAUGCUAAUAUAAUAUAAUCAUUUUAAACGAAAUUGAUUUUGGUAUCAUAUUUAAACUCUAAAUUCAUCCAGAUUAAGACAUUAAUUAUUUAAUCAGAUGAGUGUUUUCCUCUGUGGAGUUAGUCAUUGGUACAUGACUCGUUCGACUGGUCUGCACCGCUCGUGAAUUUUAUUCAGGAGAAAUGCCAAUUAUGAGAAAAUUCAUCUAACACAUGCAGAACAAAUCUAUUCGUUGUGUGUUUUUGCAUGAAGUCUAAUGUCGUCUUGUGACCUCAAAUCACAGGUUAUGGCCUUUGUGUGGACACGAGUUGUGAACGGAUUUAUCGGACUGUUUUAUUUGAAAGAUUUUUAAAGAAGAAAUCAAAGUAUCCAAUAUUUCAUAAGGAAAUACAUAAAUAAGAUAAGUCAGAAAAAAUAAAUAUAGUUUUGUGUAUCAGAAAUAUAAGUUAUUCUUUCUUAUCCUUUUUUUCAUCUGGUGACCCCCUCAGAGUUUUCUUGGGACCCUUUGAGGGGUCCCGACUCCCAGGUGGGGAAUUUUCUAGUGAGUAUUUCUGGCAGCACAGAGGAAUAAGAAAUACACAGAUAAUACUUGUUAGUAAGAUCAAUCCAUUGUUGGUUUUGUUUUUUUUAUGGUAAACUAUAAGAAUAUAUAUAUAUAUCAACAGCCGUAUUCUUUAAUUCUAAAUUUAGAAACCUCCAGUAAGGAUAUAAAGUUAGCAGAGGUGUGCAAUGUGAAAAUGGUUUCAUCACUUCAGUUAAAUGAGCCUGUAAGAAUAAUUCUCUCUCUGACAAAUCAUGUAUUUUACAUUAUCUUGCACUCAUAAACCGACUGUUCUUAGUCAUUGUUUGAGUCACUGAUUAAAAACCGCUCUGAGCAUUAGAGUUUCCGUUGGUAUCCAUGAUAUAGUCUAAUCCUCUACUGUAGAUGUUUCACAGUAGCUGAACAUCUCAAUAUAAUCAUGUUUGAAGAGUUGUUGUUGCAGCCGACACCUUGUAGUACAAUCCUGGCACCCAAUACAGAGAACAGCUAAGUUGAA